CAUCAUGAAUGAAGUGUCGGUCCUUCACCUGCCGGUGAAGGAGGAAGUAAAUGAAGUGAUUCAUGGCUUGGAUGGGGCAUCAUUAAAACACAGUGACAGCCGUCUGCCUUUUCAGAUCUUCCCGGACCCUUGUGAAGAAGAGGAGGUUCCAGUGAAAUUGAGAGGAAGGUUGCCCUCCAUUGUGGUGGAGCCAACAGAUAUAAUUGAUGUAGAAAGUGGUGAGCUGCGGUGGCCACCUGGAAGAAAAGAGAAAGAGCAGGGUGAAGACGAUGCAGAGGAAGAGAAUUCAGAAAAAGAGGGCCAACCUCCAGUGAUACCACCCUGGUGGACUCGUGGAAACCGAAUUCCUGACGAAACAAAGCAAGCAACAGAAGACCCAGAACCUGAGCAGGAAUAGCGUUUGCAGUGACAGCGCCCUGGAUACUGCUUGAUGCAUUGUAGAGAAUGUGUAGCAAAUAGAUAGCUGACAGAUAGGCAUGGUCAGGCUCAGAGGUCGCACUACGUUUUUUUUCCAGAAGAGUAAAAAUACUCCUCUGACCAUUUUUGAGGAGUAUUUUUACCUGAGCAGGAGUACGAAAGAUGCAGUAAUACAAAUACAUAAUAUGUAGGCCUGCACUUGUUCACAUCUGAGUUGGAGGCUGCGUUUAGGGUCUUGUAUGCAGAACUUUUUUGUCUGGUAAAAAGACUUGUGAACGGAAAAUGAACGGACACCUUCAUAGUCGGCGGAGUCUGUUCAGCUUCUUCCCUGUCAGUCAGGCUGGGCUCACAUCACAUUUUUGGCAUAUACCUUAGUUAAUGUACACAAAAAACGUA